AUUCACAUCGGGGUUCUCCAAGAGACAAUAACCUGUAAUACGGCUGAGGGAGAGAGAGUGUGUGUGUGUGUGCAUCAUGGAUGUUCUUAUGCCCUCCAUGCUAGGGGAUGAUCCACACCUUAUGGCUGAACCGGAGAUCCAGAUCUUUGAGCAGCCCAAGCAGAGGGGAAUGCGCUUCAGGUACAAGUGUGAAGGUCGCUCGGCAGGAAGCAUCCCCGGGGAGAAGAGCUCUGACAACAACAGGACCUACCCCAGUCUGCAGAUCCUGAAUUACUGCGGUAAAGGUAAAGUGCGUGUUUACCUGGUGACCAAGAACGAGCCUUACAGACCACAUCCGCAUGACCUGGUGGGGAAGGACUGCAAAGACGGAUUCUAUGAGGCAGAGUUUGGUCCAGAUCGCAGAGUGAUUGCUUUCCAGAAUCUGGGUAUCCAGUGUGUGAGAAGGAGGGAGGUGAAAGAUGCCAUCAUGCAGAGGAUUACCAGAGGCAUCAACCCCUUCAAUGUGCCACGCGAGCAGCUGCUGCAGACAGAGGAGUAUGACUUGAACGUGGUUCGCCUGUGCAUCCAGGUUUUCCUGCAGGACGAGAAUGGCCACUACACCCGACCGCUCAAACCGGUCAUCACCAACCCCAUCUACGACAACAGGGCCCCAAACACAGCCGAGCUGAGGAUCUGUCGGGUCAACAGGAACAGUGGCAGUGUUAAGGGAGGGGACGAGAUCUUCUUACUGUGUGACAAAGUACAGAAAGAUGACAUUGAGGUGCGAUUCUUCUCCUCUGAUGGCUGGGAGGCCAAAGGUUCCUUCUCCCAGGCCGAUGUUCAUCGCCAAGUAGCCAUCGUCUUCAAGACUCCGCCCUACUAUAACACCUCCAUAAUUGAGUCGGUCACCGUGCACAUGCAGUUGCGCCGACCUUCUGAUCAGGAAGUCAGUGAACCGAUGGAUUUCAGAUAUCUGCCUGAUGACAAAGAUCCUUACGGCUACAAUGAGAAGAAACGCAAAAGAGAGAACUUGAUGAGGAUCUCAGGAUUGUCAGGUGGUCCUUUUGCUUGUCUUGGUGUGAACAGACCAAAGGCAGUGAGUCACAUGCGGAAAGACCUCGGCAAUAUGUACCUGAGGCAACAGCACACAACUGCAAUGCAGCAACAACCUAAUGUAUUCCAAAACCAGCCCUACCAACCAAGCCCUCAGAACUUAAUGAUGACAUCACAAGCUCCUAAUGUAUCAGUCAGCCAUUCAUGGGCGAAUCCCAACCCAGCACUCUCAAUGGAAACAGUCACCAUAAACCCAUCUGGUGCUAUGAGCAAUCUGCCACAUCCUAAUAGCAGCAGGCAACAGCAGCAAAACCGUACAUCUGGUUACUCCCACAGAGUGGAGCACAACAACUUUGAGAAUAACAUCCUCCCGCAGCUCACCAUUGGGGACUUGCAGUGCUUAGAUACAGUCCCCCAGGCCUCAGGAAUGAGCCAGUCAGAGUCCCAGCCACUUUUCCACCUGCAGCUACAAAGGGAAAAGCUCACCUCCGAGAACCGUGCCCAGAACCAUCCAGGCAACCAGAACCAGGGUCACCAGACCGCGUGGCCUAAUUACAAUCCCCUCAAUCCAAUUCAGAACACAUUUAACGGCUCAGUACCUGAAGGUGGAGGUGGAUCACAGGGGCUGGGCUCUUUCCCCUUCCUAGAGGGAAUGGAAGGGGAUGAUUUUCUGAAGGGCCUGGGCAUAGGGUCUCAAACUGUCUUCCAGCUGAAGCAGGAGCCACAGAGCACAGUGGGACAAGAGACUCAUGCUUCUCUCAUGCAAUCCCCAAGGGAAAGCCAAGGAAAUACUUACACCAACUUGCUUCCUCGUCCUAUGAGCAAUGGCACCAACAUGGAUCUAAUGAGGCCAGAUGGUAGUGGCAACAACCAGCCUCUCAAAAAUGUGCAAAAUCCUUAUUCAAACAACGGCAUGCCCUCUGAUGGCCACUACCAAAAUUUGGCUGACUGGUUCAAAGCAACUCAGCAAAGUGACUAAAAGGAGUAACUUUUUCUGGUAACAAGUAAUGAACAGAAGCAGUUCCAAAGAAUGCACUGGUCUUGUUUAGCUUUGCAAAGCCAGAACAUUUGCUUCACCUGUUCUUGCCCUGUGAGGCUCACUGGGCAUUUGCUUGGGUUCUUAUCAGUGGGCAUAAGAACAAAUUCACUGGUAGCCAAUAGGAUCCAUAACCAGACAAAAGGCAUUGUUUCUAGAUGGUACACUUGAUUAGGGACUAGUUCAUUUUCUUAGCAAAGACAUCACCAAGAAUGCUUUCUAUACCUAAUUGACCAUGGUGUUUGGUAAACUGUCAAUGGUCACUGCUUUCCAGUAUUAAUCCGGAAAGACACCUUUCUCCAGAAAAUGAUCAAAUUCGAUUCACAGUUUCAAAGCCUUACCACAUUUAUAUCAAGUAUGUGUUGUUCACAUGUUGUUCACCGUUAACCUGAGGUGCAAGUUACACUGUCAUUCUAAUUACGCCCCCAAAUUGACUGAUUUGUUUGGCUUCUGGCUGCUGGUGUAACAGACGUUAGUGAUUUAGUGAUCAAUAAAACUGAGCUAACAUGAAACCUGGCUACUGCAAGGCUAAGACCCGAAUUCUGAUGAGCCAUGCCUUAGUUUGUAAUGAUAACCUCAUCAAACAACAUGUUGAUAGUUUCCAAGCCAAAGUUAGAUUUACGAAAAGUGAAUGUACUUUUUUCUUUAUUUUUCUUUCUCAGGUGAAGUUGGAUUCACUGUCAACAUACUGUAUAGUAAUCAACGUUUUGCUGGGGUGUGUAAGCUUGAAAAAAAUGGGGAUAAAUGGAUGAUUUUUGGAUUUUGAAAACACAGCUUAAAAAUGGCUUAUCAUGUAUACUUUUAUUGCUUUGUAAACGACUCUUAGACAUACUGUUUUAUUGAUUUUCUUAGCAGAGUAUUUGCUGAUAAGUGCACUCUGUACAUACAUGUUAGCCAUAGUUGAGAGUGAAAGCAAUAACCAUGCUGAAACGCUCAAGAACUGGCAAGGUACCGAAAUUUCCAUUGAGGAAGUUGGGGGAAGCACUUUGAGUGUUGUCCUUCCUUUGUAAUGACUAUGUCAUACCAGUGAUCACAUGUGUUCUUCAGAGUUCUCAGAGCAUUUCUACCAGAUGUUUUAGAAAUACAGAUGUUCAUUUUGUGUUUUAUUGUUGAUUCAUUCAUUCAGCUGAUGCUCACAGCUUCACAGAGCAGUUUGCUUAUGGAUUUGUGGCUGAUAAUGAACAAACACUGGCUUUUCAGCAGCGGGCAGUGAUCUGACAGCAGCCUGCAGGGCUGCUCUGUCCCAUUUAGCCUAGUUCAUUUUAGCAUGUUGUUUUUUACUUGUAUGCCUCCCUAAAGCUUUUUGGUUUUAAAUGAAAUUAAAUAUUUUGAUGACUACUUACUA